CACAUGUUCUAGUAUGGAAAUUUCAGCAAUGGUUAAAGAAAUUAUCUACUUUGAUUAAAUUAUCUCAGUUACAUGAAAACCAGUCUGUGUAUAGAUGUAUAUCACACAUAGAGUGUGAUAUAGCUGUAACUUCCUUCUGUUCUACAAAAACACACCAGAAAUGUAAGAAAGUCAGUCUCAAAAAUCUGAACACAACAGCUCAAAAAGACUUAUCUCAAGCAAUCAGUUAAUAUGAAGAAUAAAACAAAGAGAUGGGGGUGAUCUGAUAAGGUGACUGCAGAGGAAAGAAAGUAACUAGUACCUGGGGAAGGCUCCAGACUGCCAGCUUGUGGUGGAUGUCACAGUUUUGGGUGUAGUGAUAGUCUAAAGAUAUAGAUUCUGCAUAAAGCAUGCAAUCUGAGGUGUAAGUAUGUGAAAGAACAUAAGCCUUUGGAAAAUGGAUAUUAGGAAAGCUUACACAAGGCAUCUUGACAGUAAGUAACCAAAAAUUUUCUUAUUUAACCUCAAAGAGUAUCUUCCCCCCCACCCCCCGUUUAUAUAUUUUUAUGAACUUGUUGUCUGUUUCAGGUAUAGUGAAUGAACACUUUUAUUUGUACUUUUAAUUUAACCUGUCAUGAAUUAAAAGUGAUCUGAUACUAAAUGAAUGUCAAAAAUUCAUUUCUCAGUCCCUGGAGUAAACUGCAAAGUACCUAGCUCCCUGUUGUGUUUUGUGGAGUAUCAGAAGGCUAAGAGAUCAUGGUCCCAAAGAAACUGUUCAGAUUCUCUGGAGAACAGGUGUUUUGGGCUCGGAGAAGAAGGAAAUAUCACUGCACUAACCGUAAGUCAAUAGCUCUCUGUCAUUCUCAAUACAAGGGCAGGCUAUAAUAAAAGCCUAAAAUCAGCAGGCAACUGGGUGAAAACCUGGUGUCCAUUCCUACCAUGACAGACAGAACAUAUAUAUUCCUUAAAUGUAUCUGUUUCUCUGUCAAUAUGCUGUUACAAGCUAUGAGAAGAUUGCAGAGGUGCAGUUGCUGCAGAUAGAGCUUUGUGUUCUGUGGUCUCAGAGUCUCUCCAGCCACUAAUCUUCUCAUCUUAAUUUGAAUUUAUUUUUCUUAUCUGUUUGUAUUUUUUUCUUGGUAGUAAUGGUAACAGUGAUGGUGCAAUGAUAAGUUAAUGUAGUUCUGUCUUCCUGAAUGUGUAUGCUACUGGAGAUAGUUAAUGUUAUAAUGGUAUACUGGUAAUACCAGUGGUGGGAGCAAUAACCAUUUUGCUGCUAUUACUUGGUUUUAGCAGAAUUUAACAGCAAACCUCUUCAUACUCAGUAACAGAAACAAACUUAUCACUCAGACCUUUAGCUUCACCUCAAAUGCCUCGUGUAUUGGUAGUGCAUUUUCCAUAUGAAAUCAUUAAGACAAAAACUGCCUUAAAUAGUACUUCUUAAAUCAAGCAUAAAGAUUCGGUGCCUCUUGUAUGCACUGAGAUAACUUAUUUAAUAAAACAAUUUAUUUUUUUUGUAUAGACUCCAGCCUCUUCCAGGACCCUGUGUAGACAGUGCCAACUUAAAAUCAAAACCUUAAAAUAAAGGUCAGAAGUACUAAAUUUGGACGUCCAAUUUAGUAUCACAAGGGUAUGGUUUCUAAGAACACUUAACAUAGGAGAGUAUUUAUAUAUUUAGCAUACAUACCCCAUUAACUUCAGCAGGCACUUGGCUCUGCUCAUCAUAUCCAAGGUGUCAAGCUGGAUGCUCAGAAAAGAAAGAAUGAACAAUUAUGCAGUGGUUCUGAGCAAGUUUAAACAGCGUUUGCUGCCAGUGCUUUUAUAUUAAUUACCUCAUUUGUCACAAACAACUGUCUUAUCUCUGGUUUUUUUUGUCCUGGAUUUAUAGCACAUUAGGAGUGUAUGUUGGUAAUUUUGGUGUGGAGUUGUGCAUAUGACAGGAAGUUCAGAGGAUUUAUUCAUAUGGAAUAUGAAUGAGAAUAUGAAAUAUGAAUUCAUAUGGAAUGAGGAUGAUGCUGGAAUAUCUGGAGUCCUAUGUGGAGUGAUCACAUUGAAGACCCUACUUUUUUUUUUAAGAUUCAUUUUGCUUUAUGAGGCUAUAUUAUAUAUUAGAACUGAUUUAUAUAUAUGUGAUUUUGGAAGAUCUCUAUCAUCCAUCACCAGGCACUGGUCAAGGUUGCCAGGUCUGAGAUAAGGCAAAGAAAACCUACACAGGGCUCAUUACUGCUUGCUUGUUAUCUGAUACAUACAAGUAGGGUUUCUGUGAUCAGGGGACGUCUUUCUCUGGACUCCUUCUGAAGCUAUGAGCUAUAUCUGGUUUUCCUGUUUGUUAAUUUUUUGGUGGAUAUCAUGCAUUCAGAAUCUUGCUCCUGAUUUAUUUUUUCACUUCCACAAGGUGAUGUCACCUUGCUUUGUUGUCUUUCCUCAUGUAAAUGAGGAGACAAGGUUUUAAUUCUAAAUGAGCCCAUCUAUUCUGGGAUUACUUCUGCAGUAAAUGACUGGGGAUUCCAACAGCAAGGCUUCCUCUGCUACAUACCAUCUUAAUCAUCUGCAGACCAGGUCUGUCCUUGAGAAUGAAUGAGGAAGAGGUAGUAAAGUAAUUAAGGCUGGAUUUGUUUCAUCGCUGAUUGAAUUUUAAUUUAAUUAUACCAGAGCUGAAGUAUUAACUCGGUGUAAACACUGGAUUCUUUCUCAGAGAUGCACCUUUGAGAGUGAUCUAACUAGGAAAAAAAACUCAAAAUUUGUGUUUUAUUAGAUAUUAAGAGUUACAAGUUCUGAUACUGACAGCAAGAAAUUGGAAAUUCCUUGGAAGUCUCCUAAGUGAUUUAAUACAUAAAGUGCGUAAGUUAUUAACCUUUUCCUGAUCCCUUCCAUAAAGUUUAUCAGAGAAAAUAAAAAUGUGUUUCUAGUAAUACUGUUUACAUGCCAGCUUAAGCAGUUGCCUGAAUUCAAGUUGAAAGAAAAAUCUUCUGAAACCCAAACCUGAUGAGGAGAACAACUACAGGAAGAAGUUAUAAACUACUGAAAAUGAUGUUUGAUUUGAAAAAUCCAUUGUGUGACAAGUACUUUUGUGGAGAGCAAUCCCCCUCUCUCUUCCUCCUCCCCCCCCCCCCCUUUGUGGCUGCUUUUUGACACAAAUUUUCAGUUCAAAUAAUUUAAUUUGUUUCAUUAACCUUCUAUAAAUAGUCUUCAUCUGCUGAGUUCCUCAGGACAUCUUGGGGAAAAAAAGAAGUCAAAAUACAAUGUAAAUUGUUUAGCCACAGUGGCUGUAGUUCUUUGCUCUGUAAGUACGAUAUAUUUAGAACUUUUCACAUAGCAAUUAUUGUUUUGCUCUUUGAUUCCCACCCAUUACCGCUGACAUUUUCUCUUUGCCCAUAACUUGGCUCAGUUACUUAUUCUAUGUGAAUUGACACAGACAUUCCCAUUCUAAACAUGCAGCUUCUUUUGUCAGCUUAAGCUAAUGAUGCCUAAUAAUUAGGAACACUAAAGGGGCACUCAGACCCUGGGUUUACUUUUCUGCUGCCUUCCUUACUCUGGCAAUCAUGUUUGUCUGAUUGUGCAGUGAGGCAGUUCAGGGGACUAAACAGAAAAUCAACAGGCUAAACAGUGAAGGGUUAUUAUAAUGGCAAUUACCAUUUGGCAGGGAUAGCUUCCCAUAAAGGCUUCUGCAGGUGGAGUUACCAUACAGAACAUAUUAAAGGUGCCAAUCUGUAAGCACUAGGAAUUGAAUAAUUAAUGCCAAAGAGGCAAUGACGGGAGAGAAGGGGAAUAAUACUUCCUUGUUUAAGGCUCUGUCUGCUCUUCUGUAAACAACAAUAUCAUUAGGUAUGAGUCCAAAUAACUGCUCAAAUUGUGUUUUUUUUUUUGUUUUGUUUUUUAAUCAGCUUAAGAAGAAAUACUAAAUCAUAUAGCUUUAUUUCUGACCUGCUUCUGAGCUUUUGAAUCUUCUUACCUCACAACAAUCCUGAAAUUUCAGCAAUGUGGUUGACAUAAGUUCUGUGGUUAUAUAUCUUGAAUCACCAAGGAUGCAUUCAUUGUAUUAUCCUUUUCGUUUUCAUUAAGCAUAGUUCCGUUUUGCUGUUUAAAAGACCUACAGGUGAGUAGAUGGGUAAUCUCUGUGCUUUUGGUGCAGCGUUUUGAAAAAAUAGAAGUUAAUUUGGGAUGAUUCUUUUGUGAAGUGUAACACAGAUAUGCUUUAACAUAUAUUCUAAUACAGUAUAUUUUUUUGUUUGCAUGUUUGUUUGUUUUUUAAUAUUUGCAGUGCCUGCGGGGGUAAUUGCAAGCCCCACCUUCCAUUAUGCAAAGGUUAUAUGCACAAUCCGCAAAGAGAGCCUUAUAACUGCAAAAUCCCAAAGGUAUGUGAUGUUAAAGGAUUUGGAACAGUGGAAGGGUAAGGGAGGCAGGAAGUAGGUUUCGUUGUCAAUUCUGCCUCUCAAAGAGCUGUUUAACUACAAAGGCUACAUAACUUUUCUUGAAAUAGGUGACUCCAAGCAGUAGUUCAUACAAAUGCUUAAAUGGAAAUGGGGUAAGGACCUUUGCAUAGCAGCUGUACAGCCUAAUGACCACUCUGUCAAAUGGUCUGUAAGUAUUAUCUAUAGAUAACAUUCCACAGGACUGCUCAGCACAUGUAAGUCACAGAGGUAUUUCUUAGCAAGCGCAGUGAUGUAGCUUGAAUUCUAGUGGAGCUCUGAUGAUAAAAGGACUCUGUCUUUAUCAGUAUCAUAGGAGGCACUGACAGAGACUGCAGUCUGUUUUAAAACAUGUUUCAGAGAAGGCUGUUCUUUUAGAUCACCAUGAACUCUCCUUAUCAAUUUUAUAGAGAACCUCUUUCCUUCUGAGGAUGAUAAAGAUGGAGCAUACAGAAAGUAAGAGUUAGUGAGGCCAAAAGAACCAAAAUACUUUGAUUCCGUAGCAGUUAGUGAACAGGGGUGAACACCUAUAUUAUUUCAUCUUACCUAAGCCUUUGUCACAGUGUGGUCAAAAUCUUCAGGACUGAAUGAAAUUAAAAAGGAAAUGCAUGAUUCUUACUAACUAGAGAACAAAGAAGAUGUGCAGUAAUCUUGUAGUGAAAAGACUCAAUGCUUUUCUUCUGUAUUUGAAGCUAAAAGGUUCUGGAAUUGCCAUCUAGGACUUUGGACCAUAUCUCCUCUUCAGUCUCAUAUGAAGAUGUUGUCUUUCUGUCUAAGUAUUGAUGGAUCAGUGAUACGUGGAUUUGUAUUUAAAUAUAGCAGUUCAUGGAGAUCCGCCAAAAGAGGUGCAGGGACAUUACACCACCACACAGACUGAGAAUAAACAGUUGUGUUUUUGUCAGCAUGUUGCUGUAACAUGUCUUGUGAUAGAGUUGCAGCAUCUUAAUCACAGUGUAUGCUGUCUGGACUUCCGCAAUAUUUGGGAACAACCUUUUUUUAAGAACAGCUGGCCUUGCACAGUCAGCCCCCCUGAGUAAUUUGCCAGCACCACAACUGAUGAGCAUGAAGUUUAAGACAUUACACUUUACGGAUGGGGUGUUUUUACCAAAUGUGCCUUGUGCACAGGGCAGGCAGAGCUGGAAGAUGAAUCUCAACAAAGUCAUGUAAACAUUACCAAAUGAGGAGAAAAGGAAGAUGCCAUCGAGUAUCGGCAGCAAGGCAUUCUUCUUCCCCAUGCAGUAUUAAGCACUCCCCUACACGAGAAACCUUGACGUACGCUCAAGCUCAAAGAAUGGUUGAAAUAGAAAUUGAAGGUCGCCUGCAUAGGAUCAGUAUCUUUGAUCCUUUAGAGAUUAUAUUAGAAGAUGAUCUUACGGCCCAGGAAAUGAGUGAAUGCAACAGCAAUAAGGAAAAUAGUGAAAGACCACCAGUUUGUCUAAGAAGCAAACGGCAUAAAAAUAACAAAGUAAAAAAGAAAAAUGAAGUUCUUCCGAGCUCACACGGUAUACCUGCUACAACAACUCCUCUUCCAGAACCAAAAGUACGGAUUGUUGAAUACAGUCCCCCUUCAGCUCCUCGGAGACCUCCGGUUUAUUACAAAUUCAUUGAGAAGUCAGCAGAAGAACUUGAUAAUGAAGUUGAGUAUGACAUGGAUGAGGAAGAUUAUGCAUGGUUAGAAAUAAUAAAUGAAAAGCGGAAAAGCGAUGGAGUGUCAGUUGUUUCACAAAACAUGUUUGAAUUCCUUAUGGAUAGGUUUGAAAAGGAGUCUUAUUGUGAGAACCAAAAACAGGGUGAUCAUCAGUCUUUAAUUGAUGAAGAUGCAGUGUGUUGUAUAUGCAUGGAUGGUGAAUGUCAGAACAGCAAUGUAAUCCUGUUUUGUGAUAUGUGUAAUUUAGCAGUACAUCAGGAAUGCUAUGGGGUGCCAUAUAUACCUGAGGGUCAGUGGCUCUGCAGACACUGUCUGCAGUCCCGUUCUCGGCCUGUAGACUGUGUGCUGUGCCCAAACAAGGGAGGUGCCUUUAAAAAGACUGAUGAUGAUCGCUGGGGACAUGUUGUGUGUGCUUUGUGGAUUCCAGAAGUUGGAUUUGCCAAUACAGUUUUUAUUGAGCCAAUUGAUGGUGUCAGGAACAUUCCCCCGGCCAGAUGGAAGUUAACAUGCUACCUCUGUAAACAGAAAGGUGUUGGUGCCUGCAUCCAGUGCCACAAAGCAAACUGCUAUACUGCAUUCCAUGUGACGUGUGCUCAAAAAGCCGGUCUAUAUAUGAAAAUGGAACCUGUGAAAGAACUAACUGGCAGUGGGACAACGUUCUCUGUAAAAAAGACUGCCUAUUGUGAUGUACAUACUCCACCAGGUUGCAUACGGAGACCUCUAAAUAUUUAUGGAGAAGCUGAAAUCAAAAACGGUGUUUGUAGGAAGGAGGGAUCAGUCAGAACUGCUAGGUCUACAUCAAAAGUCAGAAAAAAGACAAAAAAGGCCAAGAAAACAGUGGUUGAACCCUGUACAGUUAUGCCAACAGUAUCUGCUCCUUAUAUCCCUCCCCAGAGAUUAAAUAAGAUUAUGAAUCAGGUGGCCAUUCAGCGGAAGAAGCAGUUUGUUGAACGAGUGCACAGUUACUGGUUGCUUAAAAGGCUGUCUAGGAAUGGUGUUCCUCUGUUGAGAAGGCUGCAGUCCAGUUUACAGUCACAAAGAAACACACAACAGAGAGAAGAUGAUGAAGAAAUGCAAGCCUUAAAAGAAAAAUUGAAGUACUGGCAAAGGCUGCGCCAUGAUCUUGAAAGGGCACGUUUAUUAAUUGAACUUAUACGUAAGCGUGAAAAGUUAAAAAGAGAGCAGGUCAAGAUAGAGCAAGUUGCUAUGGAACUUCAGCUUACUCCAUUUACUGUACUUCUGCGAUCAGUUCUGGAUCAGCUGCAGGAAAAGGAUUCUGCACGUAUAUUUGCUCAGCCAGUGAACCUUAAAGAGGUUCCAGACUAUUUGGAUCACAUAAAACAUCCUAUGGAUUUCUCUACCAUGCGAAAACGGUUAGAUGCUCAAGGCUAUAAAAACCUCAGUGAGUUUGAAGAAGACUUCAAUCUUAUCAUAGAUAACUGUAUGAAAUACAAUGCAAAAGAUACAAUAUUCUAUAGAGCUGCAGUGCGGUUAAGAGAUCAAGGAGGUGUAGUUCUCAGGCAAGCUAGACGAGAUGCUGAAGGAAUUGGUUAUAAUAAUGAAACUGGAAUGCACUUACCUGAACGGCCUAAACUUGAGUCACCACAGCCUUUCUCUUGGGAAGAUGUGGAUAGAUUACUGAAUCCUGCGAACAGAGUGCAUAUGUCCUUGGAAGAACAGCUGAGAGAGUUGCUAGAAAAACUUGAUCUUACCUGUGCAAUGAAAUCCAGUGGAUCAAGGAGCAAAAGAGCAAAGCUUUUAAAGAAAGAAAUCAGCAGUAUUCGCAACAAAUUAAGUCAGCAACACAACCAAGUUCCUCAAAUAGAAUCAGGUAUUGGAAGUUUUGAAGAAGAAAGUGCAGCACUAGAACAGGAUGGAGAAGAAGAAGGAGAUAAAUCUCCCCCUAAACUUGAACCAUCAGAUGCAUUACCUCUUCCUUCAAACUUGGAGACUAAUUCAGAACCACCAACCCUCAAACCAGUAGAACUCAAUCCAGAGCAGAGUAAGCUUUACAAAAGAGUAAAAUUUGAUAAUGAAUUAUAUAGCACUUCCAUUCAGAAAGAAAUAAAUGGACACACUCCAGAACAUUUACUUGACAGUAAUCUCAAUGAGUCGACUGUUUCUGCUGUAGCUGAGUCAUCAACUGAUGUAAACAGACGUACAUCCAUUCUCUUCUGCAAAUCGAAAAGUAUAAGCCCCCAAAAGUCUGCAAAGAACACUGAAACCCAGCCAACUUCUCCACAGCUAGGGACCAAAACCUUUUUGUCUGUAGUCCUUCCAAGGUUGGAGACACUUCUGCACCCAAGGAAAAGAUCAAGGAGUGCAUGUGGAGAUUCUGAGGUUGAUGAUGAGUCCCCUGUAAAGCGCUUGGAUACAGGUCUCUCAAAUGGUUUUGGAGAUGGAAGUAAAGAGAGAGCAUUAGAUGAUACUCCGGGGAGAAAAGUUGAACCUCGUCGUCGCUGUGCAUCAGAAUCUAGUAUUUCAUCUAGUAACAGUCUUUUGUGUAACACCAGUUUCAGCCUACCAAAGUGUGGUAAAGGUAAACCAGCGCUUAUACGAAGACACACAUUGGAAGAUCGAAGUGAAUUGAUAUCAUGCAUUGAAAAUGGAAACUAUGCCAAAGCAGCAAGAAUUGCAGCUGAAGUUGGGCAUAGCAGUAUGUGGAUUUCAACUGAUGCUGCAACAUCUGUUCUUGAGCCUCUGAAAGUAGUAUGGGCCAAAUGCAGUGGAUAUCCUUCUUACCCAGCUCUGAUUAUUGACCCCAAGAUGCCUCGUGUUGCUGGCCAUCACAAUGGUGUUACUAUACCAGUGCCACCCCUGGAUGUACUCAAAAUUGGAGAACAAAUGCAGACCAAAUCAGAUGAGAAGCUAUUCUUAGUACUGUUUUUUGACAACAAAAGAAGUUGGCAGUGGCUUCCCAAAUCCAAAAUGGUUCCCCUUGGGAUAGAUGAGACUAUAGACAAGUUAAAAAUGAUGGAAGGCCGCAACUCAAGCAUUCGAAAAGCAGUAAGGAUUGCUUUUGAUCGUGCUAUGAAUCACCUGAGUAGAGUACAUGGAGAACCAGUCAGUGACUUCAGUGAUAUUGACUAACAGAUUCUACCAAGGCAUGAAAAAUACCACAGACUUGAACUCUUCUAAUGAACCUCUUUGUCUAAAAGAAUGUAUUGAAGAUACAACCCCUUAAUUGUUGAUUCAGUGGCUGAGUUCUGCAAACUUGAAAUUGUUGAGCAAUUCUUCUAAAUCACCAUUGCCAUAUUGAUUAAUGGUUUUAUCGUGUUGUAGUUUGGAGGAUUUUCCACUAAACCUGUUAAAAUGUCUUGUUCAUAGUGUUCAUAAUUGUACAUAAAUGUAUAUUCAACACUUAACUUAUUCUGAUUUUAGAAGUAGUUCUUUAAUUCCUUUUAUAAUUUUGCUGGGGAGGGAGUUGGUUUUCGUUUCCAUGCUGUUUAUUUUCCUUCUUUCUUUCUAAGUUUAAGUUACCUAAGCACCACCUUCCAGCUUAAGGUGUUUAGUGAAUUGUAAAGCCUAAUAUCAAAAUGGCAUCAAAUAUAUGUUUGCCUGAAUCAUAUACAAUAUGGUGCUGCUUGUAUCAUUUCUUCCUUGGUCUGUAGCUUCUGAAAAAGACUUCUGAAUGUUUGUGUAAAUCAUUGCUCUUUGCACAAAGUACCACAUAUUUAAGAUUGAUGUAAAUUUACAAUUACAAAUAUGUAUUUUAAGAAAGGAAGUUGCAUUAUUUUGGAGGGUACUUUGUGAGAAAGACAUCGAGAAAAAAAAUUAUACUAUGUACAUCACUUGCAAAUCACCAAAAACACUCCAUUGUUGCCCAAAAUAACUUAAGAUUGUUUUUGUUUUAAACAAAUCUGGCUUAAAGCCUGCAAGCACAUUAUUUCUUUCAAAACCAUAUCCCAUUUAUCUCCCAUUGAUUUUAUUUUGUUGAUAUAUGUGCCUCCCUGUGUUUUAUUUAUUGUAGAAAAUGUAUUAAUUUGCUUUAUAAUGAAAAAUAAAAUCGACAAAUAUAUUGAUAUGCAUUUUUAUACAGGCACAUGAGAAGACAACUUGCUUUGGGAGAAAAAUGUAUUGGAAAUUGUAUAAAAAUAACUUGAUGGUUUGUGUGUAAUUUGAUUUUUUUUGUAACUUGUAAUCUUUUGUUUCCAAUGAGGGGAUUUAUGUAACUUUUAAUUUAGAACACUUUGGUAGCAAUAGAAACUUUGGAUACAUUUUUGUAUGGUACAUGUGAUGUAUAUAGAAUUAGUACUUUAUUUUUAUUUUUAAGAAGUAAAGCAUUAUGUUUGGGCAGGGGGAAGAAGGAGGGUGGGUUUCCAGAAUUGCAUUUUUAUAUUAAAAAAAAAAAAUAAAGUCAAGAUAUUGAUUGUUGUAGCUACUUUAUUCCUACCUUCACUGAGAAUACUGAAUUUGUAACAAUGAAAAUGGCAAGGUAUGUUUGCAAUGUGAUUUAUAAUGACUCCAUUAUUUAUAAAUGCACUGUGUUUGAACUCUUUUGCAGUGAUAUCUUAAAUACUGUACCAAGUUAUAUAGUAUGAAACACCAAAUAAUGCAUAUGAAUGCACGAAGUAUUUAUGCCCAGCUUUUUUAUAAAGGAUUAGCAAAUACAGCAAAACCAAUACUUUUUAAAUCUUUUUUUAAAACUUCAUGAAUAGCAUACUUCAUUGUUAAACCUGCUUGAAUCUUUAUUUUAAAGGGACAAUUACUUUUUAAAUAGUUUUUAAUGUUUUUAUUCUCUAUUGUUUGUAAUACCCCCUUAGAAGCUUGAAAUAAAAUUUCUUUCUCAACUGUUAA